AUGCACUCGACGGACGGACUUGUCGAAGGCACGCGACAGGACACCGCGCAUUCCGACUUACUCACCUCCCCGAGAUCUGUUGACAGUGGCGAGGGAGGCGUCGAGGAUGUUGCCAGCUGGGUUUGGACAGGAAGCAGCGCGGAAGUCAGUGUGCAAUCUGGACUCGCGGAUGAGGCUUUGUCACGCGCCAGACGCCGACAUUCACACGCGUUGCUCUGGUUGAUGGUGAAGGGAAAAAGUGGUCGAACGAACAAGACCGCGAAACAACCGACAUGGCAAAGCGAGGCAGCGGCGCCGAGGCAUGCUCGAGCCAGGACCGAAGGAGAUGCGCUAGAGCGGACCAAGAGCUUUCGAGGAAGCACCGGCGUAAACCUUGAGCUUGUCAGGGCGUCGGCAUGUCAUCGACGAGCGAGUCAAGUGGUAUUGGCGACAUUGCUGAAGGCUGGGUAUCCCGCGUUUGGACCCGAACGAAGCGGAUGGUGGUGUUCAGGGCGCGUGCAGGGAAGUGCAAGGGCAAGUUGA